CCCAAAAAAAAGUCUCUAGAGAGAGACUAGGGUUUCCUUGUGGGGUUUUAGGGUUUCAUCCAUUUUCAAAACACUUCAAAAAAAAAUAAAAAAUGGCAGAUGAUGGUGCCAGGAAAACCGGAACUGUGAAGUGGUUCAAUGACACAAAGGGUUUCGGUUUCAUAACCCCAGAUGACGGCGGCGAAGAUCUUUUCGUUCACCAAUCGUCUAUUCGAACCGACGGCUUCCGGUCUCUUGGUGACGGCGAGACGGUGGAGUAUGUGAUCGAGAACGGAUCCGACGGCCGAACCAAAGCUGCUGAUGUCACUGGUCCUGAUGGUGCUCCUGUUCAGGGUAGCACCCGUGGAGGCGGAGGCGGCGGCGGAGGCGGCCGUGAUGGUGGUGGGUAUGGUGGAGGCGGAGGUGGGUAUGGCGGAGGUGGUGGUGGGUAUGGUGGCGGCGGUGGUCGUGGAGGCGGACGGUAUGGUGGCGGUGGUGGUGAUCGUUAUGGUGGAGGAGGAGGUGGAUAUGGUGGCGGCGGUGGAGGUGGAUAUGGUGGAGGUGGUGGUGGGUAUGGUGGUGGCGGAGGACGUGGACGCGGCGGCGGCGGCGGCGGAGGAGGAUGUUACAACUGUGGUGAAGAAGGGCAUUUUUCAAGGGAAUGUCCUAACUCAAGCAACCGUUAGAGGAGGAUGAUGAAGGGGGGUAAAUGUGUCUUUUCACAUUUUACCUUUUUUUAAUUGUUUUUACCUCUAUUGUGUUUAAGUACUGUUUUUACUUUGUGUUUGAAGAAGAAUCAAGGGGUGAAUAUACCCAAAUGCUUGUUUUUGGUAUCAAUGAUCCACUCUUACAAAUCUUGUUAGGGUUAGAUUAUUUAGGUUUUUAGAAUGUUGUGUUAAUGGGAACAAUCCAAAAGAUGUUAUGAAUGGUAUGGUAUGGUAUGAUGACAUACAUGUAUGUAUGAAAUUUUCAAUAUCAAAUCAAUGAUGAACUAUUAGGGGUUCCCUAAA